CCAACGCUAACUUUGCUGAAUCAUGUCUGUAUCGCAUGUUGUCCUGUUUUCAGUAUAUAUCUAUAACUAUCAUGGCCUUCAAUAUUUCGCUUCCUGUUGUGAAGUUUGAAACAUGUGUUAGUUUACUUCUGUGGGAUUAGAACUUAUCCGUUGUUGCAAGUUGUGUUUUAACAUUAUUCGGACUUUCAAAAUGAUGAGGAUACACUGGGUACUGAAGUACAUGUGGCUUUGUUCAGGAUUCUUAGUGGAAGGUGCUGUAUGGGAUCCAAACUGUAUCGACAAUUGUAAUUGUUGUCGGGAUAGCAUAUGUCAUAAUUACCAAUACUUUUGGAACGAUUGCCCACACGGUUGCAUUGAUGGACACAGAGGUGCUAGAUGUUAUGAACUUUGCGAACAUAAUUGUACAUCGUGCGACACCAGUGUUACAAUUUGUGAUAAAUGCUAUGAUGGCUUUCACCUUGGGCCAAAUAAAGAUUGUACAUCAGAAUGUCCCACAAACUGUAGAGCUUGUAUUUCGAACACAAUGUGUACUGCUUGUAAGGACGGUUAUUAUGACAAAGAUGGGUCGACAACAUGUCCGCACGCUCUUUGUCCAGAGAACUGUAACUGCAUUGGUUACACAUGUUCAACUUGUAAAAAAGGUUUCUAUGGCACAGGCAAUGAGUGUAGUAAAGAAUGUCCGGCUAACUGCAAGUCCUGUGCAUCUCAGGAAAUAUGCAACGUGUGUAAAAAUGGAUUUUAUAACGGGUAUGAGUUUGACAAUAAUAUUAAAAAGCUAUUCAAUAAUUGCACAUUUAGAUGUAGAGAAAGCUGCACAGAAUGUUUAUCAUACGACAACUGCUUGCAAUGUGUUAAAGGAAAAUAUAGCCCGAAAUGUCACAAAUAUUGCUCAGUCGGUUGCAAAGAUCAGACAUGCUAUAUUGAAUCUGGAAAAUGUUCCUGCUUAUCAAAUUUUAAUGGUGACAAAUGUACGGAUUGUAUUACUGGCAAAUAUGGACCCUAUUGUAACGAGACAUGUACCGCACAAUGCAAAAAUGGUAAGUGUAACAAGACUUCGGGAUAUUGUAGCGAAGGUUGCAUCACUGAUACAAUAACAGGGGAAACUUGUAAUGUUUGUGCACUCGGGAUGCACGGAAUAGUUUGUAACAAAACUUGUCCUUUAAAUUGCAAAGGUAAAACGUGUAACCGAAAAUCUGGAUUCUGUUCUUGGGGAUGUGAAGACAACUUUGAAGGUCCAUUUUGUGACACCUGUAUACAAGGAAAGUAUGGUUCAUCAUGUAAACAAAAUUGUUCAUUGAAAUGUACAAAUGCUUUAUGUGAAAACGAGACUGGAAAUUGUUUUAGCUGUACCGCCAAUUUUGAUGGGGACAGGUGUAACACGUGUAAAAACGGAUUUUAUGGGCGUAAUUGCAUUAGUUUAUGUCCUUCUCAAUGUUUUAACAAAUCAUGCGAUAUUAAAAGCGGAAAAUGCGAUUUUGGCUGCACAAUUAAUUAUUCCGGUGAUAAAUGUUGCGUAAAGAGCGACAAGUGCAUAGAAUGCUUCUCGGGCACGGAAUGCCAAAAAUGUAAAUCUGGGUACUUCAGUAAAUUGUGCGAGAAAACGUGCUCUGCUAACUGUCUAGAUUCAUGUGAUAUCUCAACAGGCGUUUGCAGCGAUUGCAUAAUAAACCAUUUUGGACCCUUCUGCAACUUGAAAUGUUCUGAAAAUUGCAAUGUUUCACGAAGCAGUGCCACACGUGACUGUGCGUCAUCUGACGGAAUAUGUAUGUUUGGUUGUAAACAAGGUUUCUUUGGGCUUAAAUGUAAUGAGACAUGUAGCAGUCUUUGCAUCGACACCCUGUGUAGGCAAGAGAGUGGUAUUUGCGUAAAAGGUUGCACAGGAGCAAAUGACGACCCGAUUUGUGUACUGAGUUUAGGGAAACCACAAGAUGUUUCCGACAAGAAAUCAACAACUGCAUAUGUUGUUUUUGCAACACUCUUUGCGGUUACUUCUACGGCAUUAUUUGUUCUUAUUUUGAAGAAAAUGAUAAAGAAAACACGUUUCUCAGUCAGGCAGACCGUGGAGUUUAUGAUUCGACAUCGCUUUCAAAAUUCACAAAACGAAGAAGUAAUCUCUGUUUCUGAAGUAGACAAUACCGCUUAUGAAAUCAUCAAUACAUGUCAAGGUUACACGGACACUUGUGGAAACACAGACUACAUGAAUCUUCGAAUCCAAGCAUCAUGAUAUGUCAUUCUCGUUUCGUAACAUUUUUUCCACACCUAUCAAAAAAACGGACUUGCAUAUUUAUAACAUUAAUUGGUUUUAUUUUUUGAAGCCUAUUUUAAAGAUAUUUACUCUUAACAGAUUUUAUAAUUGUAAGUGAUAUUUGGCAUUUUCACAAACGAUCGCUUUAUAUGAAUUAUUCUAGUGGUAUUACAUUUGGUUCUACAUGUGUAUAUUCAAAAGCUAUUUUUGAAUUGCUGUUAUGUACUUCAAUAGUGUAACAGACUCGAUCGAGACCGGAUACUAAUUACGAUUUAAUUAAAGUACUGAAUCUAGCAAGAUGCUUUAUAUUUAUGCUUUGAAUCUAUGUAAUAUAUGUAAGCUAUAUUUUUAAUGUGGUAUUUUUUCAUUAAUUUAAUAUUUUUGUACGGAAAGUUAUUACUAUGCUAAAUCAUUGUGUAAGUAAUAUCUAUGUCAUAUCGUUCGUACUAUGCACGAGCACUAAUAUACUGCCUCUACAUAAAAAAGGUAGAGAUAGUAUCAGUAUGAUAAAGUUAACUUCCGUCUUUACUAUUUUUUAAAACUUAAUGUAUCUAAAUAGUCAAACGUUUAGUGUAUUCAUAGACACAAAUAUGCAAAUGUAAUUAAUAACAACGUAUGCAAGUCAAUACGCAUAAUAAUUAUUAUUCCUUUAAAACAAUAUUUAAAGAAUAAUAUGAAUAUUACCAAUAGUAUUAUUCAAGCUUUACACAAAAACAAGAGGCCAUGAUUGCCCUAUACAUCGCUCACCAGAGUUGAUCUGGCCUACAGACCUAGUUUUUGACCCCACAUGACUAAGAGUUGAACUUGAUCUAAAGAUCAUCAAGACAAACAUUCUGACUAAUUUUCAUAAAGAUUUGGUUACAACUGUGGCCUUUAGAGUGUUCACAAGAUUUUCCUUUGAUUUGACCGGUGACCUAGUUUUUUUACCCCACAUGACCUAGAUUCGAACUAGACCUAUAGAUUAUCAAGAGAAACAUUCUGACUAAUUCUCAUGAAUUUCAAACUUAAAUUGUGGUCUCUAGAGUGUUGAAAAGAUUUUCUUUUGAUCUGGCCUAGUGACCUAGUUUUUGAACCCACAUAACACAGAUUCAAACUUGACCUAGAAAUGAUUAAGACAAACAUUCUGACCAAGUUUAAUAAGGAUUGAGCCACAAAUGUGGCCUCUAAAGUGUUCACAAGCUUUUCCUUUGAUUUGACCAGGUGACCUAGUUUUUGACCCCACAUGACCCAGAUUCGAACUUGACCUAGAAAUCAUCAAGCCAAACUUUCUGACCAAGAUUCAUAAAUAUUGGGUCACAACUGUGGCCUCUAGAGUGUUCACAAGCUUUUCCACGGAUCUGACCUACUGACCUAGUUUCUGAUCCAACAUAACCCGGAUUCAAACUUGACCUAGAGAUCAUCAAUACUAUCAUACUGAUCAAGUUUCAUAAAGAUUGGAUCACAAAUGUGGUCUCUCUAGAGUGCUCACAAGCUAUUUCUUUUAUCUAAUGUACUGACCUGGUUUUCGACCUCACAUAAUCCAGUUUCGACUUUAGCCUAGAGAUUAUCAAGACAAACGUUCUGACCAAGAUUCAUAAAGAUUAGGUCACAAAUGUGGUCUCUAGAGUGUUCACAAGCUUUUCCAUUGAUCUGACCUACUGACCUAGUUUUUGACUCCACCUGAUCCAGUUUCAAACUUGACCUAAAAAUUAUCAAGACUAACGUUCUGACCAAGUUUCAUUACGAUUUGAUAAAAAAUGUAGUUUCUAGAGUGUUCACAAGCUUUUCUAUUGAUCUGACCUACUGACCUAGUCUCUGACCCCACAUGACCCAGUUUCGAACUUUACCUAGAGAUCAUACAGAUAACAUUCUGACCAAGUUUCAUAAAGAUUGGAUCAGAAAUGUGGUCUCCUGAGUGUUCACAAUUUUUUCCUUUGAUCUAACCUACUGACCUAGAGUUUGACCCCACAUGACCCAAUUUCAAUCUUGAUCUAGAGAUCAUCAAGACCAACAUUCUGACCAAGUUUCAUAAAGAUUGGGUCACAAAUAUGGUCUCUAGAGUGUUCACAAGCUUUUCCUUUGAUCUGACCUACUGAUCUAGUUUUUGAUCUCACAUGACCCAGUUUCAAACUUAACCUAGAGAUCAUCCAGACCAACAUUCUGACCAAGUUUCAUAAAAAUUUUGUCACAAAUGUGACCUCUAGAGUGUUCACAAGGCAAAUGUUGACGGACGAGCACUACGCACUACGCACGACUGACGACGGACGACGCACGACGGACGCCGACGGAGCCGGACAAUGACCGGUCACAAUAGGUCACCUUGAGCACUUUGUGCUCUGGUGAGCUAAAAAGCUUAAUCAGUAACUAUUACAUUUUUUUCUCAUGCUUUUUUCUUUUAUUUUUAAUGUUUGCUUUUUUGAUGACUACAAAUAUGGAACUUGUAAGGUACUUCUUUCCGCAGCAGUUAUCUCCCCUGUCGCUAUUCUGUUGCAGGGGAGACAACUUCAUAUAAGAUAACAUUAUUACUUAUAAGACUUAUCGCUCAAAACAUUUAAACUGUAAGACUUUAUUCUUAAACUGUUUGAAAUGCAAAAUAUUCAAAUUACCUACAUCUUUAUGCAAAUGACGUCUGAAAUUUCUUUUGAUAUAAAAUGAAAUGUUUUAACUAUAGUUGUACGAUGUACAGUCAUUGCCGUACUGUGUUUAUGUAGAUCUAUAUAGCAGCUGACACUGGAGUUUAUUCCGUUUGAAAUUUCUUUGCAUCUUAUUUACUUUUCAGAAAAGUGUUUUAAAUAUCGUGAAAAAUUUUAAAAUUUAAAGUUUACGUUUUGAUUUUGCCUUUGAAAAUGAACACUUCCAAAACUGAAUUUAUUAUGUUUGGCAGCAGACCUCAAACUGUUGAUAUAAAAUGGUUUAUUUGUUCUGCUUAUCUAUUUAGUUAAUUAAUUUCAAUGAUGUGAUUCAAAUCAACGUAAUCCAUGUUUGUCAAAAAAUAGACAAACAAACAAACAAACAAAACCUAACUGUUUUCAAUAUUAAUUUAACUAUUAUAUUAGUCAAUGUGCUGAAUAAAUUCUGUGAAAAAGA